ACUAAACAAGGUUCGAUGUGUGGGCAACGAUGAGAUAAUAAUUAUACAGUUACAAGUGCUUCUUUGUUUAGAAACUUUUUGUGCUUAUUUGUGUGCGAUCAAAUGGCUUCAACGCCAGUGCAAGUGAACGGUACUGCGAAUAAAAACAGUCCCCUGGGAAAGCGGAAAAAAUCUCGAGGAAGCAAAGGUUCAUAUUUAUCGAAAUGGUUGGACAAAACUAUGUGCCAUAUACAGGAGUCUACCCCGAGUAUGGAUACGUAUGAUUCUUUUAUGGGUCCUAAUAUGAAUUGGGGUUCGCAGUUCGCGCCGGGUUACGACCCGUGCAGGUUUAACAUGUUCGGUUACGCAGAGCCGAUGUCCCUGCCUACGCCGCCUACCUACUGUAGUCCUGCGAUGCCUUUGUAUCCUCCUGAGUAUCGUUACGUGCAGAGUGUAAACAAGAGUGUGCAGGUGCAGCGACCGCGACCGCGCCGUCGCGAGAAGCCUGAAGACUGCAGCACCCCAAACAGCACCCCUUUGAACACUAAUUACUUCCAACCAAAGAAUUGCUCAGACAGCCAAGACUUCGCGAGCUUGCCGCCUAUAGUUACAUCAGUCGGCGACACGAAUUCCAAUAGUGAUAUGAAUACCAAUGAGAAGGACGAGUGUGCGCGGAGAUACAGCGAUCCUUGCGUGCAAGGACUGCCUGAUAUAGCCCGGCCGGCUAAUGGGGAGGUGGACUCGGUGUCGGAAGAGAGCUCGGGGUUGUCCGGGAGUCAGGUUGGCAGUAGACUGCUGACAUACCUCUUGGACCAGAUUACUAGUUUGAAGAUGACCAAUGAAAGACUGAAUAAAGACUUACAAGAAACUAGAGCGGAACUAAACAGCCUGCGAACGCAACAUAGUAUCUGGCAGAAAGGAUCGAGUUCCAGUAUCGGUGGCAAUAAUGGUCUAGUAGGAGGUCAAUACUCGCCUGGCUACGUGACCGACCUAGUCCGCGAGAUCCGUGACUCCGCGCGGAUACGAGAAGAGGCGCUGUACGCACGAGUACGCGCUAUGCUGCUGGAGAGAGAUAACGGAUUGGCGUCACCGGAAACGAAAUUCAGUGAGAAAACUCUUGAAGAAAUCAAGGUUACGACCUCAAUAUUAAACCUAAAAUCAGACUGCGUGUAAAAAACGGCGUGACAAGUAAAACACAAAUACCAACCGCAGCUUUAUCACCCGUAGGCGUUUCGCGCCACAACACCCAUAUUCACC